CUACUGGGUCCCUAAUAAUAAACCAGACAGCAUCUUUUGCUACACGAUCACUGGCCGAAUUAUUACGAGCGCAUCUACACAAACCCAGCUUGGUUGACCCCUCUUGCCACUUCCUGAGCGAACAGCUAUGGGCAAGGAGAAGCUUCACAUCAACAUCGUGGUGAUCGGCCAUGUGGACUCAGGCAAGUCGACCACCACAGGCCACCUCAUCUACAAGUGUGGGGGCAUCGACAAGAGGACCAUUGAGAAGUUUGAGAAGGAGGCCGCUGAGAUGGGGAAGGGCUCGUUCAAGUACGCCUGGGUGCUGGACAAGCUGAAGGCAGAGAGGGAGCGAGGCAUCACCAUCGACAUCUCCCUGUGGAAGUUUGAGACCAGCAGGUACUACGUCACCAUCAUCGACGCCCCGGGACACAGGGACUUCAUCAAGAACAUGAUCACUGGCACCUCUCAGGCGGACUGUGCUGUGCUCAUCGUGGCGGCGGGCGUGGGCGAGUUCGAGGCGGGCAUCUCCAAGAAUGGGCAAACCCGCGAGCACGCCCUUCUGGCCUACACCCUAGGGGUCAAGCAGCUGAUCGUAGGGGUCAACAAGAUGGACUCCACCGAGCCCAACUACAGCCAGAAACGCUACGAGGAGAUUGUGAAGGAAGUCAGCACCUAUAUUAAGAAGAUUGGUUACAACCCGGAUACGGUGGCCUUCGUUCCCAUCUCCGGCUGGAAUGGGGACAAUAUGCUGGAGGCUAGCCCUAACAUGACAUGGUUCAAAGGGUGGAAGAUCACUCGUAAGGACGGCAACGCCUCUGGGACCACCCUGCUGGAGGCCCUGGACGCCAUCCAGCCGCCCUCCCGCCCCACUGACAAACCCCUCCGCCUGCCCCUACAGGACGUCUACAAGAUAGGAGGUAUUGGUACGGUCCCUGUGGGGCGGGUGGAGACGGGCGUGAUCAAGCCAGGCAUGGUGGUGACUUUUGCCCCCGUCAAUGUGACCACGGAGGUCAAGUCAGUGGAGAUGCACCACGAGGCGCUGACUGAGGCCAUGCCCGGAGACAACGUGGGCUUUAACGUCAAGAACGUGUCGGUAAAAGACAUACGGCGAGGGAACGUGGCUGGAGACAGUAAGAACGACCCGCCGAUGGAGGUGGCCAGCUUCACUGCACAGGUCAUCAUCCUGAACCACCCAGGUCAGAUCAGUGCCGGCUACGCCCCCGUGCUGGACUGCCACACGGCCCACAUCGCCUGUAAGUUCGCUGAGCUGAAGGAGAAGAUUGACCGGCGCUCGGGCAAGAAGCUGGAGGACAACCCCAAGGCCCUGAAGUCUGGCGACGCAGCCAUCGUUGCCAUGGUCCCCGGGAAGCCCAUGUGUGUGGAGAGCUUCUCCGAGUACCCACCACUUGGGCGCUUUGCGGUGCGUGACAUGCGUCAGACGGUGGCGGUGGGCGUGAUCAAGGCGGUGGAGAAGAAGGCUCCGUCCACGGGCAAGGUCACCAAGUCGGCCCAGAAGGCCCAGAAGGUCAAAUGAACGUUGUGUUGGGCUCGCGACGUUAGCGUCCGCCACCGUAAAAACAUCACCCCCCUCCUAAACACCAUAGUCAAAGUCUGGUCCAUGCUCACGAUGCAUCGCAAGAGCAGACGGAGGAAAACAAUGUCAUGGUAUAUUCAUUAAGGAAGUGUUCUGUUUUAUAUAUAUAUAUAUAUGUUUUGGACUGCUUGUUUGACUGUUUGUGGUUAGGAUACACUAUCUGAGUAGAAGACCAUUUAAAUAACUCUUCUAGAUGUGUGCUUUUGUACUCAGUUAAACGUCAAAAAUGGUAUUGAUAGUGUUGGUUUGCAUUAAACUAGCUGCUAGUUAAUGUUAGUAAAAAUGUACAAACAUUUUUAAGUCGAUAAAAUGUUGAAAUGGUGUUGUGUUUUCCUAUGGCUGCUUGCAUGUUCCCAAUGCACUUUAAGAAAUAUAUCAGAUACUAACACAUUAUAGCACUUUGCUCGGCUUAAAAGCUCCCUUGCACUGUUCAAACCUUGUCGACACUGUUCCCUCGACACCUUAUUGUAUGCAACCUGUGAGCUUGAUCUAUAUCAAAAGACAUUAAAAAAAAGGUUCAAACUUA